AUGCGGCCCGAUUCCCUGGUGAUUUACCGCCAGAAAUGCGAGUUUGGGAGAGGUCAAAGCCAGGACAGCUCACGGGGGAGCUUGACUCAUGGAGGACCCAGCAGCCACAUAGCCAGGCGCAGCACCCCCAAGAGGCAGAUGCGGCCCGAUUCCCUGGUGAUUUACCGCCAGAAAUGCGAGUUUGGGAGAGGUCAAAGCCAGGACAGCUCACGGGGGAGCUUGGUGAGGAGGAUCUUCCAAGGGUCUGUCAAGGAGAAGCAGCUGGCUUCCCCUGAGAUGCCCAGACUCAUGGAGGACCCAGCAGCCAACGAGGGCAAGGAGUCUCUCUCAGCAAGAGGCAGUGACCAUGAGCAGAGCAACCAGGGAGCAGAGCCCACCGCUGCUGGGAGCAGUGAAGCCCCGGGGCUCUGUACACGAGAGUAUGAGAGACCCUCAAAACUGAGUGCACUUCCCGAGGAGGGCAAGGAGGUGAAGAGGAGAGGUCUCCAUCGCUCCCAGUCGGACAUCAGCUCUCGCUACUCCAAGUCCUUCUCUGAGUUUGAUACGUUUUUCAAGUACUGUGGCCUGGAGCAGGAGGUCAUCGAGGAUCUUGGGAGAGAGAACUUCUCCGUGGUGUCUGACAACAUCUCCUUCAAGCUCCGGAGCACCAGCGUGGCAACGUCGGAGAGCGACUUCACGCAGCACAGUGGGGACGAGGGGCUGCUGGAGGAUGAGCUCACAGAGCAGGUCCCCAGCAGCACCUCCGUGAUUGAGCGCAACGCUCGGAUAAUCAAGUGGCUGUACACGUGUAAGAAAGCCAAGGAGAACAACAAGGUGAUGCAGGAGCUGGCGUGA